AUGGAGAGCAACAAACGGAUGAAUUAUAAUGAACUUGUCAAAAAAUCUAUUGAUCUGCAUAAUGAAAAUGAGCAGCUUAAAAAUGACAAAAUGACAAUUUCUGAAAAGCUUAGAGCUGCAAAAGAGGUUAAAGAUCAAGCUUUGUUUGCUCUCAGAACAUUGCUCGAAGCGUUUGAAAGUAAGGUGGAGCAACUUAACUGUAAAGAGCAGCAAUUGCAAUCUGCCGUUAAUUUGUUGCGUAUCAAUCAAAUGGCUCAAAACGAUGCCGCUGAAAAGAUUGCAAUGAUGGAAUUUCAAUUGAAGCAUUUUCAAAAAAAAUCGUAUAAAUUUGAAUCAGCCAAUAAGAAACUGGCUGAAAAAUUGCGAAAAAAAAAGAAGCUCACUAUACAAAGAAGAAAAACGAGAAAAGAAGCAUGCGAUAUAAUUCCAGCUCCGAAGACGUAG